UUUGAAUGAUCACAUGUUAUAAUAUACAUACUAAAACGACAAACGUUUAAAAACAUUUCAUUUUAUGUUGUUAUAUUUUAACAGUAUGUUGUACAGUAUGUAUUGGCGAGGAAAUCUUCGUCGCCAGCUCAAUUGCAAAUCACUGAUGGAGUUGUCAUUGUUCAUUUUAUUUAUCAGCGAUUACUAUUGCCCUGCUUCAGGCAUCAUAAAAAUCAUAGGAGGAAGAAAAGCCAAAAGGGGCGAAUUCCCAGCGACGGUGUGUUACGACGGCUUCUCACGAUGCGGAGGUACGCUUGUGACGUUGGAAGCAGUCAUUUCAGCAGCCCACUGUUUCAUUAGACACAAAGGGCACCUUCAUCCCAACGACAUCAUAAUAAUCGGAGGAGUCGUGAAUUUGAACGAGAGAUCCGGUGAAGAACAGUUGUCGUACGUGAGGGACUUCAUUAUUCACGAAAAGUUCGAGAGACGGCAGAUCAUUUUCGACGUCUACACCCUCUACGACAUCGCGUUGGCGUUUUUGGAAUCCCCUUUCGUCGUAACGGAAACAGUCAAACCCGCGCUCUUCCCGGCAAAAGAUGCUGAGGGUAUGAAACAUUUUCUGGAUAAAGUCAGGGCUAAGGGGGCGAGCUGCUUCGCCACGGGAUACGGAGUCUGGGCCAAGAAAGGCAGAAAAAAAAUAUUGUCAGACAAUUUGAAAGUGGCCGAAUUGCGCCUGUUGCCGGAUGACGAGUGUGCACUGGAAACCGAAAUGAUUGGAAAAGAAGUUUGCGCCACUUCUAUCGGUUUAAGCCAUAGAACGGCUCCAGGCGACUCCGGAUCGACGUUUUAUUGCGACGGCUUCGUCAUCGGUAUGGCAAAAGGUAGAUCAAGUUUCUUAACAAAAGGGAAAAAUAUAAGUACCUUAAUUUUUACACUGAUCGGCCCUUAUAUUGACUAUUUUGAUCUUGAGGUGAACGAAGGGAGUCCUAGUUUUCAGUUCUAUCAAGUUAUCUUUCUAUGCUUACUCGUCUGCUGGCACGUUUCCAUAAACGGCGCUCUUCUGCCUGUAAAUUAA